AGCUGGUCUAUGGAGAGAGGAGCUUCCUCUGUAACGCUGAGAAACAACGUCUGGAGGUUCUUCUCAUCUCAUCUCAAUAACCAUGAAAGAGUUCAGCAUCUUCUCCGUCUGGGGGUUCGUCCUCCUGCUGCUGCUGCAGAGCUCAUCGUGUGCUGGAGACUCAGUCAAUCCCUGCUGUUACUACCCGUGUCAGAACUCAGGAGUGUGUGUGCGAGUCGGGCCAGACGGCUACCAGUGUGACUGCACUCGCACCGGCUUCUCUGGAGACAACUGCACCGCUCCGGAGUUCUGGACCAGAGUCCGUCUGCUGCUGAAGCCCAGCCCCUCGGCCGUCCACUUCAUCCUCACUCACUUCCAGUGGUUCUGGGACCUCGUCAACAACUCCUUCCUGAGAGACGCCUUCAUGAGAUUAGUGCUGACAGUCAGAAGCGACCUUAUUCCGAGCCCUCCGACCUACAACACCAAGUACGGAUACCUGAGCUGGGAGUCCUACUACAACACCUCCUACUACACCCGGCUGCUCCCUCCUGUACCUGAGGACUGCCCUCUGCCCAUGGGAACUAAAGGUAAACCUGUGCUUCCUGAUGCCAAAGUGUUGGCUGAGAAGUUCUUCAGGAGGCAGAAGUUCAGGCCGGAUCCUCAGGGAACCAAUCUGAUGUUUGCCUUCAUGGCUCAACACUUCACCCACCAGUUCUUCAAGACGAACCACAAAGUUAAAGGAGGCUUCACCAAGGCGCUGGGACACGGGGUAGACGCCAGCAACAUCUACGGAGACGAGCUGGUCCGACAGCAUCAGCUUCGGCUUCAUGAAGACGGAAAGCUGAAAUAUCAGCUGGUGAACGGUGAGAUGUACCCCCCAACGGUGUCUGAGGUGCCCGUGCACAUGGUUUACCCUGAAGCCUUCCCAGCUGAGCAGCGCCUGGCCAUCGGUCAGGAGGUGUUCGGCCUCCUGCCGGGCCUCACCAUGUACGCCACCAUAUGGCUGAGGGAGCACAACAGAGUGUGUGACGUCCUGAAGGCUGAGCAUCCCAGCUGGGACGAUGAGCAGCUGUUCCAGACCACCAGACUCAUCAUCAUUGGUGAGAUCAUCAACAUCAUAAUAGAGGAAUACGUGCAGCACCUGAGCGGCUACCUGCUGAAGCUCAAGUUCGACCCAUCGCUGCUCUUCAGCGCACGUUUCCAGUACAGCAAUCGGAUCGCCCUGGAGUUCUGCCAGCUCUACCACUGGCACCCACUGAUGCCCGACAGCUUCCUCAUCGACGGAGAGGAGAUCCCCUACUCCCAGUUCUUAUACAACACCUCCCUGCUCAUGCAUUACGGCGUGGAGAAGCUGGUGGAUGCUUUCUCUCGACAGCCUGCGGGACAGAUAGGAGGCGGUCGCAACUCCCAUCAGACGGUGCUGAAAGUGGCAGAAAUGGUCAUCAGAGAGUCCAGAGUCGCUCGUGUGCAGCCUUUCAAUGAAUACAGGAAGAAGUUUAACCUGAAGCCGUACGAGUCUUUCAAUGAAUUCACUGAUGACGUAGAAAUGGCUCGAGGCUUGGAGGAACUCUACGGAGACAUAGAUGCUCUGGAGUUUUACCCCGGCAUCAUGCUGGAGAAGACUCGCUUGAACGGCAUAUUUGGUGAGAGCAUGGUGGAGAUCGGUGCUCCCUUCUCCCUGAAGGGUCUGCAGGGAAACCCCAUCUGCUCCCCUGAAUACUGGAAGCCCAGCACCUUCGGAGGAGAGACGGGCUUCAACAUCGUCAAAACGUCCACUUUGAAGAAGCUGGUGUGUCUCAACACCAAGUGGUGUCCAUAUGUGGACUUCCACGUCCCACGAAACGAGGAGGAGGCCAAACCCAGGAAACUGUCCACUGAGCUGUGAUGAACAAUCACCUGCUGAUCUUAAUGAUGCUGUCACCGUCCUGCUCAGACCAGGUGUAGAAGGUGGUUUCCAUACAACAUGUGCAAACACAGCGACGUACAUCCCGCCUGCAGUGAAGGAGAGGAGUCCAUGUGAGCAGGUCUGCCUCCAGAAACUACAGCUGACAAACCGCUUCAUGUGGUAUCGCUGUACUCACUGAUGUUGAGCAAAUAAACGUCUUCUGAGCCUUGAAGAUACUGGAUGUGUCAGUA